AUGGCCGUUGAAAGACACGCGUGCUCCGUCAAUGGCUGUACUUUCCGGGCGACCCGCAAAGACAACCUUCGUCAACACCAUCAAAGACUUCAUCCGUCCAUACCAUUCUUACAGAAACUCAUCGCGCGGGACAAUCCCAAAAGCCAUUAUAGUCUCGAGGAUAGGCAAAGCACAGAUAGUGCACCCGCUUCAGCUCAGCAAAGCAAGCCGGAAGUUGCUGAACAGUCACUGCCCUGGGCCUCCAACUUAUUCUUUCAGGCAGCAUCGGCAGGCGAUUCCGCUGUUCUGCAGGCCCAACUAAAUUCUGGGAUCGACAUAAAUGUCCGAGCAGCUGAUGGAUCAUCUGCAUUGCACUGUGCAACAAGAGCAGGACACUCUUCUGUCGCCAAGUGGCUACUUCAAAACGGUGCAUAUUUAGAAGCCACAAAUUUCAAGUUGAGAUCACCACUACACGAGGCAUUGAUUGGACACGACCUGAAAACUGUACAAUUGCUCAUUCAUGAGGGAGCCCUAUUAGACGUCUCUUCCAUCACUAUUGACAGUUUGGGCCGGUCGGAGAGCGAGGAAAUGCUUAAAGUGUGCUUGGAUGAUCUCGCUGAUAACGUCAAAUCAACCACCCUAUACAGGAUUCUUAAAGCCGCAUCGAAGAGUGGCCACAUUCGUACAGUCCAAGCGGUCUUAUCGCUGUUUCUCAACAAUGUCAGCGCAUUGAAUGGAACAAUCUCACAAAAUCGACUUGCAGCGUGGCAAACACGCUCGAUGAGACCGGACUUGGCUGCAAAGCAUCUCGAAAAUAGAGUGCAAGCUUACACACCACUUCAAAUCGCGGCAGUCAACGGGCAUCUUGAGAUUGUACAGCUUCUCGUAAACCAUGGAUCUGAUAUCAAUCAAGCCUACCAUGGAAUGACGCCUUUCUGCUUGACGGUUCUCAGAGGGCAUGUUCAUGUUGCGGAAUACCUUUUCGAUCAGGCAAAUCUUAGUAAAGAUCACGCGGAUCUCACAUCACACUAUAGAAUCUGGACACCGCUGCAUCAAGUAGCUCAUGAUGGGAGAUGUGAGAUGAUCGAAUUCCUCUUGGAUCGCAACUUGUUCGACAUUCACGUUUCUGAUCGCUUUGGUCGGACACCUUUACAUGCCGCAGCAAGUUCGGGCCGCUUGAAAGCGGUCAUGCUACUUCUCAAGAGGAGUAAUAGCAACAAUACCGAUGACAGUACAGCUGUACUUACCCCACUUCAACUUGCGGCUGUCGGAGGUCAUCUGGAAGUUGUUCAGCCAUUGCUCGAUCACUUGGGUUUCGAUACAGCUCCGUUUUCAACAUCAGAAGUGCCUCAACAGGGCCAGUUCGAGCCGAUCCGAGUCUUGGAGCGACUUCUCAAACAUCCCGACUUUGAAGACAUCAACUUCACUCAUCACAGCAGAUUCGAUGCCGAUCGGAAUGGACUUUUAAAUGCGAUGAUAAGCAAGAAGCAGUACGACUGCGUUCGGCUUUUGUUGAGCCACGGAAGGAUCAAUGUCAAUCUGGAAGGCGGGACCUGGUCCAGUGGUCUCUACACUCCACUUAUUCUCGCUGUCGAGCUUGGACAAAAAGACAUUGUGGAGUUGCUCCUCCGGCACAAAGACAUCGACAUCAAUGCACGCACGGAGGUACUUUACGGGGGAAUUUACAGGGGAGAUUAUCGUCAGAAGACUGCACUGAGCGUAGCCAGAGCAAAGGGGCACGGCGAUAUUGUUGAGCUUCUUCUCGCACACGGCGCCAAAGAUACAGCUCCAGAAUUACUAAAGACUUGA